AUGGAUUUUGUUAGGGACUUAUAAAUUAUAUCUGAAGAAUUGAUGGCUAAAGAUUAUUAAUUUGUUUCAAAGAGAGUUAAUUAAAUUUGGCAAAAAAAUUAAAAAGUAUGA